UCCGCUAAUUAACACCGUAGCAAUUCAGUAGGACCACGAUAUCUGUAUAGUUCCUAGUUCAAUAACGGGACGCUGACUCACCCGCCGAUUCUGUGGGGAUCGAUCCGCUUCGAUCUUCAUCCAGGUUGCUCGUGUAUAAUUGGAACAACAACCCAGCCAGCAGGUCUGGCUGCAAUGGGCAACGCUUUCCCUUGUCCUGCUGCCGGGUCGAACGAAUUUUCAUGCUCUGGUCCUUGUAAUCCUCCGAGAACAGUCAAAACCCCGAGCGGGAAGCCAGGUUUCCCCAUAUAAUUGAAUUCUAGAGCGUCAUAUGAGCAUCAGCACCAGGAGAUCCCAUACCAAACUCGACUCAUCCGGCCGAUAGACCUGCACCCUUUCACCUGAGAUCCACUCUAGAGCUCACGCGCCAUCCUUCGCUGUUCUUUUCGCCCUUCUUUUCGCCGCACGUGUCCCGUCAACGAAUCCUUUCCUGACGCAUCGUGGUGGAUCAUCGGCAGAAAAGUGCCCCACUCUCGACCGGCCCCUCCGCGAACUUCACGGAACAACCGAAAGGGAAAGACUAAGGAACAACCUAUUCAGGGGUCUUUCAACUCUGUACGCGUGACCGGUACGAUUUUGCAGCUCCAGACCGUUCCAGAACUCAAGUACCCGCCUUUAUUAUGUCAUUCGAGCUGAAGGAUAAGGGCAAUCGGCUCUUCAAGGAGGGUGACUAUAGCGGGGCGGAAGACUUGUACUCCCAGGCGAUCCAGAAAAAUCCCCGCGAACCCACCUUUUUCACGAAUCGCGCUCUCACCCGCAUCCGUCUCGAGAAAUGGGCCGACGUGGAACACGACGCGCGCGCCGCCAUCGAUCUCUACGGCGGACACAAGAACCCUGCCAGUCUCAAGAGUAGCUGGUACCUGGCGCAGGCGCUAGUGGGACUCCAGCGCCCGCAGGAGGCCUAUGAUGUGGCGAUUGACGGCUACCGCGCCAGUCUCGCGGCGCAGAAUGCGCAAACGGAGAAUCUGUCCAAGAUCGUGUUGCGCGCGAAGCAGCAGAUCUGGGCUGCGAAGGAGACAUCGCGCCUGCGCGAACUGAACGCGACGCUCGGCAGCGUGGAGCAGCUUAUAGAGGCGGACUUGAACCGCGGUCUCAGCGAACUGCAGGAGAAGCUGAAUCGCGGAGAGAUCGGGGAGAUUGGGUGCGGGGAGGACCAAAAGGCUCUCCGGGAGGAUGCCGAGAAGAACAUAAACAAUGUGCGCGAGGCGUUCCGGAUUGCGUCCAAGGGGGAGGUUCAGGAACGGAUUGUUCCUGACUACCUCGUCGACGGAAUCACCUUCGAGAUCAUGCACGACCCAGUCAUCACCCCAUCGGGGACCAGCUUCGACCGCCUCGGAAUCACCAAAUACGUGCAGCAGUCGGGAGUCGACCCCAUAACCCGGGUACCAAUGACAGUCAACGAUCUCCGGUCGAACUACGCGCUCAAGGCGGCGUGCGAAGAGUUCUUGACCAAGAAUGGAUGGGCUGUGGACUGGUAGUAGUGCUUGCUGGAUAUUCCACCUAUCAUGUCUCCUUUACUGUACUUUUUUUUCUUCUUUAUCUUGUUGCAGCGAGAUACUGUUUGGUCUGCAUAGGUGGCGUUGGUUAACCAUUUGGGGGCAUGAUGUAUAUAGAUAGUGAUGACCCGGUCUUGGGACCGAAGGAUCGAUCGCUGGACUGGACAUAAUGUGUUGCGAUAAUUAGACACAUGUACACAACGAACGAAUCAGUAACACCUGGUGAUAC